AUGCUGUUUUUGAAAAAAGUAGUUGCUGCUGGUGAAACGCACGAAAGCGUCUCUGCUAAACAAACUGAACAACACACUGAAGAUGACACCACGACAUCGAAUGAACCUGCAAACGAAGAUGACAGUGUGACUACAAUGACACAACUUGACAAUGACAGUCAAGAGGACAAACAAAAUCUACCCCUCCCCGCCAAAAUGCAGAGCACCAGCCAAAAGAAAUUUUAAUGAAAUGGAUGCCAAAAUGAUGUCCUACAUUGACUAUCAGAUAAAACCGAAGAAAAUUGAGCAGGAUGAUCGCAAUUUAUCGUUCUUCAAAGGUAUUUUGCCGUCCUUGGCUUUGCUUGAUGAUGACCAAACUUUGUAACUCCAGUCAGGGGUGAUAAACCUAUUACAAAAUACUAAACAUAGGAGAGUUGGCCAGUCAGCUUAUGACUGGUCAGCCUAUACACAUUAUAUAUAACAUUUGUUAGCAAAGCUUAUCCAGGGUCGAUAUCCGACAAGAAGAUUGUUGAACAGAGCAAUGUUUUAAAUAAAAUGGUUCCUG